UAGCUAGCAAGAUUCGAAGACCCACCACUCCAUUCACCAGCUAUAAAUACCCUGCCAGAGUUAAGUACUCUCAAUUUAACAUUCACCAGAGGGACACAUAAAGCAAACUAAACAGAGGAAAUGGCUUGCAGGGUGCAGAAAAGGAUAUCACUGCGCAGAAAACUUCACAUUCUGCGAGUCCUUACCAACUCAAAUUCUGUAAUGCAACCCAACACCAUCUAUAAUUCUGCCAAGAGAACCUCUAUUGCCAAGAGUGCCGUUCUACGCUUAUACAAGCUAAAGCUCGCGCUGGAAACUGUCAAAAGACAGUAUGAAAACCUACUAGCCACCAGAAGAGAGUGUAUUAGUCUAUUGAACCAUGUCAAAGAGAACAAGGAUGUGAAAAUAGAGAAGGUGAGGACAGGAACUUUUAUGGUGAGGAUCACCUGUGAGAAGGGGGGUGAUAAGCUGGUGACUGUUUUAGAGGCAUUUGAUGAGAUGUGUCUUGAUGUUCAGCAAGCCAGAGUUUCAUGCGAAAAUGGUUUUUCUAUGGAAGCCAUUGCUGUGGCUGAGAACCAAACUCUGAAUGUAAGAGAUAUUACUGAAGCGCUUCUAAAAGCUAUUGGAAGUGGUGAAAAGGACUCGCACAAGUUUGACCAAUGCUGUGAUUUGUGACUUUUUUGAGUACUCUAAUGCGUUCAAUGCAUGUCUUCGUCUGUGUAUCUCAAACUAGUUAAUACUAAUUUCACUUUCAUCUUUUAUAAUGAAUUAUACCAAUUUCCUGUAUUCUCUUUCUGCUAUCAAAAAAUACA